AUGACAAGUAUUCUUCAAAAGCUGCGAAAUGCUUUUUAUCAGAAAACAAAACCGACAACGAUGAAACUGGGCCUCUUGUUAGUAUCACCAUUAGUUGCUGGGUCUGGUUUGCUUUUUUGGUAUGUGAAGUACGCAAGAAGCAAACAGGAAGCUGAUGAUUCAUUUAAAGACCCUGAAUUUACUGGAUUCACUCUUACCCACUUUCCAGUGCGUAAACCAGAUAGCAUUUCUGAGUCAUCUGGAUACUUCGUCCUACCAAAAGACAUAGCGAAAAUGGCUGAAGAAGCAAAACUUAAGCUAUCUGGUCACUGGCAUCCAAACGAUGUUAUAGUUGCUAGCUAUCCAAAAUCUGGAACCACUUGGCUAUCGGAGGCAGUAUUUUUGAUUGUCAAUAAGCUUAACUGGGUUAAAGCCUAUUCAAAGAAUUUGGAGGAACGAGUUCCAUAUUUGGAGUAUAUAUGGCCUGGACCAAGCACUAUAGCACGUACACCAGCUCCUCGUGUGAUAAAAACGCAUCUUCCUUUCUAUUUGCUACCUGAAGAGAUUCAACGUGGUGAAUGUGCACGUGUGAUUUAUAUUGUCCGUGAUCCUCGUGAUGUUGUUGUUUCCUACUACCAUUUUGCCAGAUGCUUUACUCCAGCUGGUUAUCAAAACUUAGAAGGUUUGAAUGGAUUUGUGAACAGAUUUUUGAAUGACAAACUGCCUUACAGUCCUUGGUGUGAACAUGUGAAAAGUUACCAUGAAGCUGCAAGUAGUAAAUUUACCGACAAAAAGCCAACAGACGCGCUCAAACCAAAAGCGACAUUAAAACUUAUCGAAGAAUUUAUCCAUGAAACAUGGAUUGAUGAUGAUAGAUCAGACUGUUUAUCUCGACCAAAACGGCUGACAACUAGUCAGAUAGCUGAAUUAGCUGAACACUGUUCAUUUGAAAACAUGUCUAGAAAUCGAACAACAAAUUUUGAGUGGAUGAAAGAAGUAGGAUUAUGGUCAGCAGAAGGAGGUAUAAGAUUUAUGCGUCAUGGUCAAAUUGGUGAUUAUCAGACAACUUUGACUACUUCACAAGUGGAACAAAUUGUACACAAGGUGAAUUCAGCUGGUCUACAAUGGACAUUAGCAAAAAGCUUGAGCACCUGA